CACAGACUGCCUGUACUCACUCGUGAGUUUUUUCUAUCCAUUUUGGACGAGCUUUUUACUUAUCAUGUAUUAAUCUUACACUUUUGCUGACUGUCGUCAAAAAAAGAGCUCACGCCAUUGGUACGAUCUAUUCAUUCCAACCGAGUAUCCAAUGCAGCUUCCAAAGCCCAAGUCAACGAUGUGAGCAAGACCAACAGUUUAGAUCAUCGUGCUAUUGGCAAAGCUCAGUCUUUGUUCAUGAUUCAUCCGGUGAGCCCGGGAUCUAUCUUCAUGUUGCCUCACGGUACUCGCAUUGUAAACAAAUUGCAGCAAUUUUUGCGAGACGAAUAUGCACGAUAUGGAUAUCAGGAGGUGAUGACCCCUUUGAUGUACAAAAAAGAUUUAUGGGAAACCAGCGGUCACUGGCAAAAUUACAAGGAUGAUAUGUUCAUUAUCCAAAGUGGAAGAGACGCACCGACCGGAUGCAGCGGUCACAGUCAUGAUGCCAUGGACGAGACCAUAGCGCAGAGUAUCGAAGACGAAGGUCUUUUCGGCCUCAAGCCCAUGAAUUGCCCUGGUCACUGCUUAAUUUUUGACAGCACUCCGCAAUCGUACCGGGAUCUCCCCAUUCGCUUGGCAGAUUUUAGUCCUCUUCAUCGAAAUGAGGCUUCUGGUGCGCUCACCGGCUUGACUCGAGUUCGUCGUUUCCAUCAGGACGACGCUCAUAUUUUCUGUACGGAACAGCAAAUUUCUUCUGAAAUCAAAUCCUGUCUAUCGUUUGUCGAUCGCGUGUAUAAGGCUUUCCGCUUCCCUCAUUACGAUUUGACAUUAUCUACACGUCCAGAAUCCAAGCUCAUUGGUACUGUCGAGGAGUGGGAUCAUGCCGAGUCGGCUUUGAAAGAAGCACUUAAUGCGACAGGUCGACCCUGGUCUCUCAAAGAAGGAGACGGAGCGUUUUACGGUCCAAAGAUUGACAUCAUGGUGAAGGAUUCCAGCGGCAAAUCUCAUCAAACGGCCACCAUUCAACUCGAUUUCCAGUUGCCACAACGUUUCGGUCUAAAGUAUAUUGACGAGCACGAUAAGCCGCAGACUCCGGUGAUCAUUCAUCGUGCUAUUUUGGGCUCGGUUGAACGUAUGCUUGCUAUCUUGAUCGAACAUACCGCUGGCAAAUGGCCAUUCUGGCUUAGCCCUCGUCAAGCCGUGGUGAUUCCUGUCGCUUCUCAAUUCAACGAGUAUGCCAACAGUGUCGCUAAAUCACUAGCGCUAGGUGAUAACAGCCAAGAAACAUACUACGUGGACGUCGAUACGUCACGCGAGUCACUCAACAAGAAAAUCCGUAAUGGACAGCAGCAACGAUACAAUUUUUGCUUGAUCGUCGGUCAGAAGGAGCUAGAUGCCAAUGCCGUCAAUAUCCGCACACGUGACGGACGAUUUUUGGGUACCCAAUCUCUUGAUCAAGUCCGUAACAUGUUCAAAGACUUGACAGUCAAGUUUGAAUAAUCGGUCUCGGUCCAACCAUUCAUCACUAGUUUCUUCAAUCAUACUUUUUCACCAUUACUCGUUAUUUUGUUAGGAUGCUCAUUAGAAAAGCUGUUGGGAUAUUUCAAUACGUAUUGAAUAGAAUGUAUUAUGGCAUUAUCAAGGUUGUAG